UCAGUGAUGAGAAUCUGGCCAGCAGAAUCAUCAGACACCUGAAGUCAUCCAGGAGCCUCUACAUCAUGUGCCACAUUCCAAUCUUCUGCUGGAUUGCAGCUAUUGUUGCAGAGAGAACAUCAGAAGAAUCAGGCAAAGCUGAAAUGCCAAAGACAAUGACUCAAAUGUACAGCUGCUUUCUCACCAUUCAGACCAGCAUUAAAAAGGGCAAAUACACAGAAAGAAAAAAGAAGAAAGAAGAAGAGAUCAUUUUCAAACUGGGGAAACUGGCAUUUCAGCAGUUGGAGAUGGGUAAUCUGAUCUUCUAUGAAAGAGACCUGAGGAAGGCUGGCAUUGAUGUCACAGAGGCAUCCGUGUACUCGGGAGUGUGUACUCAGAUCUUCAGAGAGGAGGGUGAGGGUGAAGGGAGGGUGUUCACCUUUGUGCAUCUGAGCAUUCAGGAGUUCCUGGCGGCAUUAUAUGUGCUUCUCUGCUUCAACAACCGAGAGAGAAACAUGUAUGACCAAAAAUCCUCACUGCUCUCUGCUCUCCUUAGAGCUGCAACACUUCAUGACCUUCACAAGACUGCAGUGGAUUUGGCCUUAAAGAGUAGGAAUGGGCACCUGGACCUUUUCCUCCGCUUCCUUCUGGGCCUCUCACUGGAGUCCAAUCAAAAACUCCUAAAACACCUACUGCCAAAGACCAGUAGCCAGUUAGAGAGCUCAGUGCAGAUAGUACAGUAUAUCAAAGACAAAAUCAGAGGUAAGAGUAGGUCAGACAGAUGGUCAGGCGAAAAUGUCAACCUGUUCUACUGUCUGAAUGAGCUGAAUCAGCAUGCUGUAGUGGAGCACAUUGACAGGGAGGAAGGAGAGCUGUCUAUAGAGAUGCUCUUACCAGGAGAGUGGAGAACUAAGGCAUUUGGACUGAGUAUGUCAGAAGAGCAGCUGGGUGGGUUUGACCUGCAGAAAUACAUAAAGACUCCAGAGAAAGACCAGACUGAACUACUCAGCCCAGAUGAUGUUCUUCAGAAGCUGGUGCCAGUGGUCACAACAUCCAUCAAGGCAACACUGAUACAGAUUAAGCUAACAGAGAAGAGUUGUUCCCAUCUGGCCUCUGCCCUGUCCUCACCCUCCUCACGCCUCACAUACCUGGACCUGUAUGAAAAUGAUUUUGGUGACUCUGGAGUGGAACUUUUAUGUUCUGGACUGCGACAUCAGCACUGCAGAUUGAAAACACUACGGCUGGGUCGUUGUAACCUGACAGAGAAGAGUUGUUUCCAUCUGGCCUCUGUCCUGUCUUCACGCUAUUCACGUCUCACAUGGCUGGACCUGCCUGGCAAUGAGCUGCUUGGAGACUCCGGAGUGGAACUUUUAUGUUCUGGACUUAAACAUCAACACUGCAAAUUGGAAACACUACGGCUGAAUACAUGUAAGCUGACAGCGAAAAGUUGUUCCCAUCUGUACUCUGUCCUGUCCUCACACUCCUCACAUCUCAGACAACUGUUGGUGCAGGCUAAUGGCCUCAGAGCCUCAGAUGUUGAGCAGCUCCUUACUCUAGAGAAAGACCCCAACUGUAGACUGGAGACACUAGAGUGGAUUGACAUCAAUAUUGACGAGUCCGAAGUCGCUGAAAUGCUUAAGCGUCAGGGGAUUAUCUAGAAAUGUUUGGCAUGGCAUCACGGCGAGAGGGAAGAGGCUGUUCCAGAAGCAUAGGAAAUGUUUGUUGUUACAAGACAUUAAACAUAUUGACUGGACUGAGCACGUCAUCAUGAAUGCCCGUGUCUGUGGUGCCCACUGCAUAUCUGAAGUCACCGUGACCAUCCGUUUUCUUAUUUCGUAAAAAGGUCUAGAUGGUGUAGGCCCUGUUCAGUCAGAAAAAGAAGAGGCAGAUAAUCCACAAAGAGCAGAAAUUUUACUUCUGUGUUUUUGAGGGUGAGUCCAAGGUAUGCAGAGUCUUCCAACUGUGCCACUAAUUAAUUCAUAUAGAUGUUGAACACAGUUGAGCUCUCGCUGCAGCCUUGUGGCACUCCUCGUUUCUGUCUUAGGUGCUGUUUCCACGUAGCUGGAUAUUUUUAUGUGUGGAUAUUUUUUUUCUCCUGG